UGUAGUUUUCUCCCGCAUGCCCUAGGAUGACGUCACGUUUCCGUAACACACCGGCGGAAGCUGCCGAAUCCACCUGUUGGGCUGCGACGGGAAAAUCGGGAGCAGAGAAGAAGUUAUCCGAAAAAAUAACUUACAAAGGUAUUGCGUACCUAGUAGAGAUUUCGUUUGCCCUGUUUUCAUGGACAAACUAAAGAAAGUACUAAGUGGUCACGACGACGACACCACUGUAUUGCAGGCGGUGAAUGAAGCCUCCACUUUAUCAUGGGGGACGCGGAUGAAGGGCUUCGUCGCCUGCUUUGUCCUCGGUGUGGUGUGUUCAGUGCUGGGAGUAUGUCUGCUGUGGCUGCCGAAAAUUGGAUUGAUACUGUUCAUCGUCUUUUACACAUUUGGCAACAUUACCUCUCUGUUAAGCACCAUGUUCUUGAUGGGGCCACUAAAGCAGCUGAAGCGGAUGUGUGACAAAACGCGUGUGGUGGCCACCAUCUUGCUGCUGACAUUUCUUGGACUGACACUCUGCUCUGCCUUUUGGUGGAAGAACAAUGGCCUUGCUUUGCUGUUUUGCAUUUUGCAGUUCUUAGCCUUUGCUUGGUACGGCCUGUCAUAUAUUCCAUUUGCAAGAGAUGCGAUGAUCAAACUCUUCUCCCUGUGCGUGAAGUAAGGAGCCUCUAUGUGGCUGCCCCCCCGCCCCGCACCCUGGUGACCCUGGCCCCCGCACACAGCCCCUUCCUCCUGGCCCCACCCCCUCUCUCAGCCCCACACGCUUCCUGGCAGAAGCCACACCGCAGCUGUUCACUCCAUCCCGGUUGACCGCCGCCGCCCAGUGAACAGCUACUGGAGUAUCCCUCAGCAUUUACCGACUUGAACGCCUUCCAAAACACAAAUGCCUGCAUGGACCAUUUAAAAGAGUGGUUAUUUUUUACAAAAACCUAUUAUUAUUAAAUGCUGUUUUUUAGUGCAGCACACCAGGGUUUUGUAAAACUGGGAAUCAUGGUUCUUUAUUGAAUGACUUCUUUUUUACAUGUUAACAGAUUAGUUUAUACAAAUCAAUCCUCUAUGCCUCUCUGGUUCUGUGAUCUGGUCAACUCCAUAGUUAGAUAACUUGGUGUUCAUAUGGUUGUGUAGAGUGCAGCUUGUUGGAUCAAUAAGGAUGUUCACUAUUUUUUGCUGACCUUGCAAUAAUAUGCAUAAGUAAUGUAUAGUCCUUUGACAUGUUAAUAUUUCUAAUGUGUAUUAUUUCUGAGAACAAAGUUAACUGAAUUGUAUUUUGCUUGUGUUUUUGUGAAUGGUGUUGUCAAACCAUGAAUUGUGUUUUUAAAGUUUUACCAGCGUCUAACCUAUGUUUUUUGCACAGUCCGGAAUGUGUUUCGUAAUAAUUUCUUAAAUAUGCUUCAACGUUCCUUAACUACAAAUUUCCAGUCUUAAUACUAUGUGUAACUGGAUGUGCAUUGAUUGUGAAUUAUUGAUGUGCAUUAUUUUCGGAUAAUAGCGGAUUUAGCAUCACCACUGACAUGCCAAGAUAGUAGACUUAAACCAUUUGCCGUCGCGACACGUGACGCCUGCCCGCUGACUUUGCACGUGCCUUUCCGGCUCAGACGGACGGAUCCGGCAGUAAUUCUGUAUUUAUUAGACCGAGACUGUCCGGGCCCGCAUCCGGUUUUGCCUUCCUGCCCUCCGCAGAACUUAAGCUACUGUCUUAUGUGUCGCCUUUAGCGACUCAUUAAAGACACCAGUUUUGCACAGAAGUGUAGACCCCGAACCACCUGUUACUGAUUAUAGUGACAGUUGACAGUAGAAACACUUUUAUGUUCAUUAUCUUAAAUAUUUUACUUAACAGAGUUUCAGUCGACUACGACUACCUCCGCCGUUAUUAAUUUUGUGGGCUUCAUACAAUUAUUCAGUGUCUUUCUAACUUUGAGUAAGUGUUUAACUGCAACGUUUCGUCUUAGUGAUGACGAUUAUGAUCUUUGCUGCUGGUCUCAUUUUAAUUAUGCUGUGUAUAAAUGAUUAAAUUCUUCAUGAAAAAUCUCCA